AUGCAGGACUCAGACCUUGCUGGGCCCUCUAUGAAACUCCUCGGAGCUCUCGUCAACAGUCUUCCCGAGAAAGACACUACCAAACUCGGGAGGGCCCGCUGCAUCGAAGCCUGGAAGGACGUCAAGACUCUCAUCGACUACCAGCAACGCUUCCGUGACGACUGGACCAAGUUCGCGGAGAUGCUUCUGCAGAAUCGCUCUCUCAACACUUCACCCAUUUCCGAUGGGGCCCUGGAGAAACUCAAUGGAACCCUGGAGAAGCUCAAUGAAACCCUAGAGCAACUCGAAGGAACCCCAGAGCAGCUCAAAGAAACCCAGGAGCAACUUAAAAUCAUCCAGGAGCAACUCAAAGGAACCCUUGUCCAAGCCACCAGGGACAAGCCUGUGUCGCAGAAGACUGCCCCGCAGGAGAUCGUUGAUGAUUUCAAGGCGCUUUACAUUCUGUUUCGACGCGAUGGCUUGGUGAUUCCCUGCGAACUCCAUAACCUUGCUGCAUACAGCCUCAGCAGGGACCAACACGAAGAAGUCUUGGCUCUCCGAGGCGAUCUAGAUAUGGCAGGUGCCUAGAAGGAUUGAAGGCAUACAAGUGUUGAGAUUCUUGCAUGGCUUGACCUCCAGCCCUCAUUUCCAGUGCAGGAUUGUCGCUUUCGUCUAACUUUGUCAUGUCUUUUCCCAGCCCUUUUUCUGUCUUUCCGGACCAGCCUUGAACCUUUCCCGAUCUCAGGGAGGUGACAUGUAGCACUCUUCACUCGGUCGGUCCAGUAUCGCAAGAGCAUUUGCUCAGGCUAUACCACCUCUCAAGCACUUUAACGUGCGUGGCGAUGUGCUACUCUUUUCACGCUGAGUUCCUUUCACCGUGUCUACAUACCGGGC